AUGAAGAAGAGACUGUAUAGAUCAUGGAGGAAAGCAAUCAUUGUGGAACUACUAGAUCACAACAUUGGCUAUAAGGCCUUACUCUCCAGGCUGCAGUCACUCUGGGCCAAGAGAGGUGUUAUCAACCUCAUUAAUAUUGGAUAUGGCUUCUACGUUGUGAAACUGUCAAAUAGAGAGGAUUAUUUCAAUGCACUUACCAGAGGUCCUUGGAUAAUCUAUGAUCAUUAUCUAACAAUAAGACCAUGGGAGCCGAAAUUUUUCCCUGAGAGAGUGAAGAUUGAUAAGGCGGCUAUUUGGGUAAGAUUGCCAAGAGUUACACUGAAGUAUUAUGAUAUAGAGGCAUUAACAAUCAUUGGUAAUAGGAUUAGAGAAACCAUUAAGGUGGAUUUUAAUACUUCAUGUCAGCUAAGGAGUCAUGAUGCUCGCUUAUGUGUGGUGGUGGAUCUUACUAAGCAAUUAAUGCCUGGUUUUUCAUUAGACAGAGAAGACUACUAUCUUGAGUAUGAGGGACUUCAUAUGCUCUGUACACACUGUGGAAUCUAUGGUCAUAGGCAUGAUUCUUGCCCAUCUAAGAAGCGUGUUAAACCACGAGAAAAUGUUAAUGUAGAGGAGAGCAGGGGAAAUCGAAAUAAUAGAGAAAAUGUAGAAGUUGACUGCGUGCAGGAUCAAUGGAGAGUGGUGCAGAAGAUUCACCGGCAAUAG